ACGAGUAGGCAGUAUUUAGAACACUCUCUUUCAGACAAUUGUACUGCACACCAACAUAGCCAACAUGGCCUGCAAGUGGAGACUAUUGGCGAUUUUCGUGUUGGUAUGGUCGGCGCUUACCACGGGCUCCUUAUCUCUCUUUGCUAACCCACCGGUCGUCGAGGACCCAUUGCAGCAGAGCGGCUCUCGGUGCUCUUACCUAAGCAAAGUCGCUUAUGAAAUGCACUCGGCCGCCCGCAGGGUCAUUGUACAGCCAUCGAACAUGACCUAUGUCGAUCACAGCGACGUGCUUGGCCUACCAAUAGGCCCCGAAGAGAACCCUCUGUCGGCCGAGUUUCGGAUCCAUCGCGUGGCUGCCACUCAACAGUUCUACCGGGCUCUGGAAACGUAUGUGAGGACGCUGUAUCAGAGGGUCAGGAUAGGAACGAAAGGGCCACGUUCAGACGUCCUGGGCAUUGCUGGAUGGUUGCGGUUGUACGAGGACAACCUCUUGAUGAUUCGACCCGAGGACAGCUAUGGUAUGCCAUUCGAUCAGAUAUCGGCGUUAGAACACAUGCAGCGGUCCGCCAUGUUCUUCAACUGUCCCUUCAACUCCAUCAACAGUUUGGCUAAACGACUCUAUCCUCACAUCGACAGCACUUUUACUGUUCCCGACCACAUGUCUCAACAGCACAAGGCUAUGAAUCGCGCACGACGCCUCUUGCACUACAGUAUUAUUGGCAUCGAGAAUCUGCCUCAAGAGUUCAAGUGCUAGGUACAAGGUGCGCCUGCCGCUGUGGUUGCUCAGUACCCGCGUGGCGCUCUGAGGACUAAAUUGGCUCAGUAGCAACAGUCGCCGUUCACUCUGACUGUCUCACCGUAUCCAUUCUCCAGAGCUUCUCAUUUCUCUAUAUGCCAUGCAAGCUGAUUAGUACACUGUCCCUGCCAGACUACUAGUGACAAAAUACGUGGCUAUUUUGUAUGUACCUGUACUUGUACAUGUACAUUUCAGCAAUCUUUUCCAUUCUAUUCAAUAGCUUCCAAAUACACACUUGUGAGAAAGUGAGCAUACGUAUUCAAGACGAUUGCUUGCUGUUCAUGCGAUGGACAGUUGCUUCAGUUUUCACUCGCCAUAAUUAUUGUCGCCCUGCUCUGCCACAAGCCUGUCAUUUAAAACUGAGGCAUUGUUUCAAGAAAACAUACAUUGUACAGUAGCUGCAUUUCUUCACGCAUUCAGUUAAUUAAUCAUACAUGUACAAAAUGUAAAA